CUGGCACGCGGCCAACGGGAAGUUGCGUAGGGUUUUCGCCCAAGGAAACCUCGAACCGGCGCGCCAAAUUUCAAAGGACUUCCUGGGAGGACGGAACGAGAAGAGCCCGUGAGGAGAUAGUGGCCUACAAGGGCGAUCAAUCUGCGGGAAAACAUCACGCAUUUCCACGCGUGCACCCGAUGCACGCCUCGCACGAGCCGUCCGCGAUGUCAGGUCCGCUUUUCGGAGCGCGAUUGCGAGAUCUGACCGACGCGAAAUCCGCCUCUUCUAUCCAUCUGACGGUCCUCAGGGGGACAGACGUCAACACUACGAUCCGUGAUGCCAAGCGGGGUUCAAACCACAAUAGGCCGUUUAUACUCCUUUCUACUAAACAGUUUUAAACCUAGUUAAUCUAGUUUUUUAAUCUAGUCUUAAGUAUAAAUCGUUCAGCUUCUGGUGAGUCCACUCUUAUUCACACUCCACCUUUCAAGGUGGAUUUAGUGAGUUUUAAAUCUGGGGUUUCGGACCAGCAACCCCAGAGCUAAUAGUCAAUUCCUCCGGAGACUUAAUCCGCAGCCACUUGUGUUUAACUUGAGCGAAAGUGAACACAACAGAUUCGGUCUUAGAAAGGACGUUUUGGCAACAGGGGAACCACGACACUGCUGUGCGCUGUUGCACAGUAAAGUACAUCACAGUACAGUAAAACACACAGAAGGACCCCAACGUGUUUUGAAGGGUGAUGCUAGCUGAGCCGCGGCGUCAGCAGAAACGCCUGUCCCGUUAGCUUCCGCCUAGCUAAUGUUGGCUUGGUUAAUGCUAGCGGAAAUUAGCUUAUUUUACCUUAGCUUAGCUUAGCCGUAGCCUUAUCAACGAUGGAUCGCGCGUCCCUAUAAGGACCCCCCAGGGAGGCGCGGGAACCUGCGAUCCGAUUGGCCGACCAGGGUCGCGUCGACGGCGGUGGUGGCCCGACGGACGUCUCCGAUUGACCGGCCCGGCUGUCAGUCAUGCUGUCCGGGGUGCAGCCGUGCUUCCAGCUGCUGCGGAUUGGCUCGUCGGCGGGGGGCGUGGCCAGGGACCUGUAUACCUUCCGCCCGGCGCUGCCCUCCUGCGUGUUCCGGUUAGGCCGCGCCCCCGAGCUCUGUGACGUCACGCUGGAGGCGGCCAGCGUGUCGCGCAUCCACGCCGAGCUGCACACGGAACGGGAGGCGGGGCCUGGUGCCGAGGGGGCGGAGCCAAAGGAGCAGGAGGAGGAGGACGAUGACGGGGGGUGGACGGUCCACAUCAAGGACCGCAGCAGCCAUGGCACCUGGGUCAACGAGGUCCGCCUCCAGCCCGGUGACCAAUGGGAGCUCUCGGACGGUGACACCCUGAGCUUCGGCGGCCAAUCGGAUUCGCCCAGCUCAGAGUUCUACUUCCUCUUCCAGAAGGUCAAGGUUCGCCCUCUGGACUUCGAUGCCAUCACGAUCCCCAAGGCGGGCAGCUUCUCGUCGGACCUGCAGAACCGGAUCCGGACCAGCCAGGACCAGCGCGCGGCGGAGGGCAUGUCCAAGCUGUGCCUGAGCCGCGCCACGGUCAUCCUCAGCUCCAUCGGCAGCCUCAGCAAGAUGAAGGGCAGCGCCUGGCGCUUCCGCCGCGGCCACGCCUCCUGCUCCUCCUCCUCCUCCUCCUCCUCCUCCCCCCCGCUGGCCACGGGCCUCUCCUCGCUGCUGCUGCCCCCCUCCACCCCGCCGCCCUUCCCCCCGCCCCCCGCCGCCGCCGCCGCCGGCGUCGCCGUGACGACGACCGAGGGGGGGUCGGCCCCGCCCACCGCCAGGACAGGCCCCGGCCCGUCCUCCUCGAGGAGCCGCAGGAAGUCGGCGCACACGGUGCUGCUGGAGGACGACAGCUCGGACGAGCCCCGCCCAGCUCCCCCAGGAGGAGGAGGUGGCGAGGAGGCCCUCAGGGUCCGCGGCAAGAAGCGCCGCCGCCUCUACCGCUCCGAGUCGGACCCCUCGGCCCCCCCGCCCGGCCCCCUCCAGCGGGUCGGAGGUCACCGCGCCGGCGACGCCCGGCGCCCCUUCGAGGCGCGGCCGUUCCCCGCCGGCACGCGCACCAUCGGCAGUUACCACGGCGCCGUGACCAACAGCGCGCUGCACCAGCAGCCCCCCCGCCCGGCCGGGGGCUCCUUCACCGUGCACCGCGACCCCGAGACCCACCUGGUGCGCCUGGCCCCCCGGCUGCCCCCGCCGCCGCCGCCGCAGCCGCACAGGGGCGUGUUCUCCUCCUCAGGCCCCGCCUCCUCCUCUUCCGCCGGCGCCGCCCUGCAGCACUCCUAUUCGCCGGCGCAGAGGGGCCGUCGGCGUGCCCACAGCUCGCCGGUGUACUCCCCCCUGGUGGUCGGGGGGGAGAGCUACAGCCUGGCCUCCCCCUCGCUCCGCCUGCAGGGGGAGGAGGGCGGGAGGGUCCCCUUCAACGGCUUCCACCUCGCCGCCGGUAAGAGACGUGGGCGUCCCAGGAAACACCCCCUCCUCCCCCGCCCCUCCCUGCCCUCCCCCUCCUCCUCCUCCUCCUCCUCCACCUCCUCCGCCUCCUCCUCCUCCAGCUCCUCCUCCUCCUCCUCCUCGGGCUCCUCGGACGAGGAGGGGGGGGAGGGGGGCGUGGCCGGGGCCCCGGAGCCCUGCGCGGCCCCCCGCUGCCGGCUGCCCCAGCGGGACCCCGUCCAGUGGAUCCAGUGCGACGUGUGCGACGGCUGGUUCCACCUGGACUGCCUGCCCGCCGCCCACCGCAAGAAGGUGCUGGCCGACCCCAACGCCGACUUCCACUGCGGCUGCCCCUGAGACUCCGCCUCCUUCCCCUGAGAUGGCCCCGCCCCCCUUAUUUAGCCCCGCCCGCCGCAACAAGGUCCUGGCCGACGCCAACGCUGACUUCCACAGUGGCUGCCCCUCAGACUCCGCCCCCCCACCCCCUUCCUUGAUUUGGCCCCGCCCCCCUUUGAUUAGCCCUGCACCCUGCUCGCCAAUGACUUCCACAAUGGCUGCCCCUGAGUUAGCCCCACCCCCUUCCCAGAGUUCGCCUCGCCCCCUUUAGUUAGUCUGCAACCAUGACGAUCAGUGUGCCUUGUCUCUGGGGACUGGUUUCGGAAGCGGUUCGGGCUCUUGGAGUGCCGGGUCGUACCGGUUUAAACCGCUUCAGAAGGGUUUGAACAGGACUUCUGUUUGAGGAUGAUUCUGAGGUUCUCAGGUCGAACCUGGUUUGGAGUGGUUUGAACCAGAUUCUUUCACACUGGUCCGGAUCCGGUUCAAUCUGGUUGAGAGUGAUUACGACGGGGUUGGUUGACACCGCUUCUGACUGGUCUGUUCAGUGCACCUGCGGUCUGUUUCCAAGCCGUCCAUUGAUUGGCCGAGAACAGUUCCUCUUGUUCGUAGGUAUCUUGUCAAAUCUUUAUUGAUUCAUGAACCGUGACAAUGGACAGUCUCUGAAAAAAACCUUCUACACAAUCCACUACCACUAAUACAAAGGUGUGUGUGUGUGUGUGUGUGUGUGUGUGUGUGUGUGUGUGUGUGUGUGUGUGUGUGUGUGUGUGUGUGUGUGUGUGUGUGUGUGUCCUUUACACAUCCUGCCUCAUUCAUAAUGUUCGAACUUUGCCAACAGGAAGCAGGUUAUGCUACGCUAGUGUUUAUGCUAAGCUAGUCUUCAUGCUACGCUAGCGUUCACGCUACGCCAGCGUUCACGCUACGCCAGCGUUCACGCUACGCCAGCGUUCACGCUACGCUAGCGGUCAGGCUAUGCUAGCAGUCAGGCUAUGCUAGUGUUCAUGCUAUGCUAGUGUUCAUGCUACACUCGGGCUCAUGCUACAAUAGUGUUCAUGCGACACUUGCAUUCAUGCUUCCCUCGUGGUCAUGGUAAGCUAGUGUUCCUGCUAGACCGCAUGCUAGUGUUAAUAGCUAUGCUAGUGUACGUAGCAUAGCCAUCAAGACAAGGUGGGGGGGGGGUGUAGCCCCGUCUGUACACAGACCCGUUGGCGUCAGGGUCAGCUCGGUCCCAGCAUCUCCUCUCUGGAGGUCCUGGUAGGACCAGCAGGACUCCAGUGAGGCCUCCCAGUGGACUCGGACUCAGAAGGCCUCCUCAAGCUUUCCGGAGGUCAUGGAUGGUCUGAGGCGAGGCGGCUCAUUGGCUGAGAGGGAGUGGAGGAGACGGGGGGUUGGGAUUGGUAGUGAUGAAGGAUUGAACCCGGUUCCUUCGGUCUGUAUGGACCACGUGCUGAGCUGUAAUGGAGCUGGACAGACCAUAACCCCCCCCCCCCCGGCUCAGAUGGCCUGAACCGAACCACAACCGCCCGGACUGUUAGAGCUGGAACCGGUCUGUUCUGGAUUACUCAGGACUGAGGCACCGUGGAUCUAUAGGAACGAGGAACCCACGCACGUAUUCAUGUGACCCAGACCGCCCACAAAGAGCUCAACGGAAAGUUUCAGAAUUUAACACUGAGUCCACCCAGGUUCUGCCUCAAUCACCAGCAAAAUGGCUGCCAUGGCGUCAUGGCAACCGUCGGGGCAAAGAGAUUAUUUAUCAGUUAGGAACGCAGCGUUGAGCGUUUCCAUGCCAACGGGGGAACGGACUCCGAGGAACCCGGUGGGUUCUCUGGAUCCGUCGGGUUCCAACGCUGGACUCCCUCCAGACACCAGGUUCUGAGGACACAUGGUCACCAUGACGACCGUCUAGGCGUUGUUCCGUUGCCAGGACAACCCGCCGAAGAUUUGGGUGAUGCCAACAGCAAUUUAUUUGCCAUUCGACAAGUAUAUAUUUUUCUAUUUUUUUUUUUUCUAGCGCUAUUAAUAUUAUUAUUAUUAUUAUUAACCAAAUCAAACCUUUUCUAAAUCCUUAUUUUUUUUCGGGAGAAAUAUUUUUAAUUCCGCCGCUUUUGAUAUACAAACCUAACGCACGCUGUACUUUACUGGGGGAUUGUGGGUAAUCUAGGUGAUGAUGUCAUCGGGGGAAGAGAUAUACUGACAGCUGACAGCACUGCAUUCAUGAACUACAAAUCAUAUCGGUUCUGUGACGUUUGUCUCCGGGAAAACACAGGUUUUUAGGACGGAAGUCGUGAGUUAUGAUGUAAAUAUUGUUGUUUCCGUCUCGAGUUGAUGAGGUCAUCGUGUUGAUGAGGUCAUCGUGUUGAUGAGGUCAUUGUGUUGAUGAGGUCACGUUUCAUCAGUUCAUCGGAUGUUUUGUUUUUAUUUGUUUUGUUCAGGGGAAGAGAAAAUAAUUGAAUCGUUCACCUCCGAUAACAGACGAUCUCGAAUCUGGAGUUGAAUUUCCGAAGUGUUUUCCCGAAAUGUCGCGUAUGUCAACGAAACACACUGAAAUGUAACCCUGUUCAAAUAAAGCCGUUCAGCAGUGA